GCUCGAUCAUGUUUGCUUCCCGCUCCGUCAUGUUUGCGCUGCUCAGCUUCCUCGCUGGCGUCAAUGCGUGUAUACAGUGCCCAGCCACAGUGGGGGGCUUUAAACUAUCCAGUGCCACCGUUUUGGUGGCCAACAUAAUCCAGUGCACGUACCCUACAUUGCAUUGUUGGUUUAGAUACAACACCGCCGACAAGAUGGCAGGAGACCCGCGGUGUCCGUCUUUCGCAAUUAUCAAUCGGAGAAGCCCCCCGGAAUAUGGGCUUUGUCCGAACGGGACUCCACUGUAGACCCCAACGAACAAUAAAUUUGAUUUAAAGAAAGAAUAAAAAACUGUGAAGAGAUGGGGGAGACGAGACACCCAACAAGAGGAGCAAUGCUCGUCCGUUGGACUAGGGGUUCCAAGG